AUGUGGUUUCGGCCUCGACAGCCAGACCUACAGGGUGUUCAAUCCAUCCAAAGGGGCCGUGGUCGAGAGCCGGAAUAUGACUUUCAUCGAAUCUCCACCCCGGUCAGUACCAUUCCAGCUUCCACUGAAGCAAACGGGUACGAGAGCGACGUGCUGAGCUUCACCUCCCUGCUGGACAGCCCCCACUCGACGAGCGACCUGGACUUCACGGCGCAGAACGAACUCCUUCGGCAAGAAGUCCGGAAGAUGCAGCAAGACAAUCUCGCUCGGGAGAAGCUUCGCCUAGAACUGGAUGAGAACGAGGGCGAACAUGGAAACGGGCAAGAUCUCAGCGACGGGGACGCCCCAUCAAGAGCUAGCACGCGCGGGAGGCUCACCAGCGACGAUCAGAUCGACGUGAACUUGCUUCUUGCCGAUCUGCAAGUCUCCAUGAACGACCGCGGUCGAGCCCAUGCUGCAACGGGCCGUGUGGAGUUAUCCGGCCUUUCCUUCACUCAGCUGGCUGAGAUAGCCGAUCAAGCCCAGCUCCCAUGCCCUGGCGAUACUGAGGAUUUCGCCCACGUGGCGGAAGACCCCUUCACGGUGCCGCUUGCUCACGCCUACGUCACGACCACUCAUGACCACCACGGGAUCUUGGAGAAGACGAAUCAAGCGAUCGAAAUCCCCAACAACUACGACGAAGCCAUGAGCUCUCCCCAGCGCGAAGAAUGGCAAGGAGCGUGCAGCAACGAAAUGCACAAUCUGCGGAAACACAACGUCUACAAUCUGGUGCCCCUCAGUAGCGUUCCCAAGGUUCUGGAACGCAACCCAGCGCAACUGAACAUGCCAGCAGCCAAGCACGUUCUGCGAUACCUGCGGGGUAAUCCAGUUGUUCCUAUCGUCCACAGGAGAGGACAGUUUCGGCUAGCGGCUUUUACGGAUUCAUCCAUCGGAGCAAACCCCGACAACGGAAGAUCUACCACGGGAUAUCUCUUCUUCCUGGCUGGAGGACUCAUCAGCUACGGUGCGAUUACUCAAACUCUAACCGCGCAAAGCACAGUCGAAGCCAAGACUCAAGCACUUAGCUACUCAGCCAGAGAGGCGGUCCAUAUAUCACAUUUUAUGACGGAACUCAACUUCAAGACCUUCGAAUCGGUUCCCAUCAACAGCGACAGCACUGGAGCGCUGACAGUAGUGGCCGGGAAUGCCAUGCACUCUCAACGAACGAAGCACAUGGCCCUGAGGUACUUUUUCAUCCGGGAGCUAGUACUGCGGGGACAAGUCACUCUUCACCGGCCCAGCGAGCACCAGUUGGCUGAUAUCGCGACCAAGCACCUACCAAAGCACCGAUUCGCCCCCAUCAUUCAACAGAUCAAGGACUUCUCGUGUUGA